UUCGCUUCCUUUAUUGAGCCGCACUGGGACCUCAGUCCACCCACCGGCGAGAUCCCGGCCUAGAGGGCCGGAAGUCCGCUGGUCUGGUGACGUAGUUCCUGCGCGUCGGUGCUGGCGGUCGGCCCGUCGCUUUGCUGUGACGUCAAGGCGGCGGGAGAGCGAACCCGGCCCUUCCCUCCUCAAGCUCCGCCGCGUCCCGGCCUGUGCCGGUCCGGGGUCGAGGCCGGCGCGUGCAGUCACGUCUGCGGGUUUGCUCGUCGCGGUCGGCGACCCGUGAGGGGACGGACUGGGGACUGGAGGGCGAGCGCGUCCCGAGCCGCGGGGCUCGGGUAAGGAGUCGCCUGGCCGUGGCCGCCCGCGCCUCCGCCUUCGGCGGUGAUGGCCAGCAUCACCCAGCUGUUCGACGACUUGUGCGAGGCCCUCCUGCCCGCGGUGCAGCCUCGCCCCGGGCAGCGCAGCGUGGACCGCAGGCGGGCCAAGCAGGGCCUCAAGAGGGUCGCCUACAACGCGCUCUUCACGAAUCUUUUCCUAGAGGACGCUCGUCCGCUGCGGCCCGACCUGUCAAAGCUCCCAGUGAGAAACAAGGUCCUCAUGUUGUCCUUCGACCUGAGAGUGGGCGGCCUGGGCCCCGAGGCUGACCGCUUGGAGGAGCUGGUGGAGGGGCUGGAGGCGGCCUCUUGCUGUCCGCUGCUGGAGGUGGGGUCCGUGUUGAAACUCCUGGUUCAGCUGGCGGGGAGUGGCCCCCCUCAAAUCCUGCGGAGAAAGCGGGACUAUUUCUUUAACAACAAGCACGCGGGGAGAAACGUUCCUUACAGCGGCUACGACUGCUGUGGUCUGAGCGGGUCUGAAAUGGACGUUCAGUCCCUCAUCUCCAGAGAGGAGUAUUUGAGUCACAGCAUGAUCCAGGAAACGCUUCAGGUGAUGGAGGCGGCGCCAGGCACCGGCCUGCCCACCGUGGGUCUCUUCUCAUUUGGUGACCCCUGUGGUGACAGGUUUGAGAGAGACACCCGCGUCUCGCUCUUCGGUGCCUUUGUCCACAGCCGCACGUACGACAUGGAUGUGAGGCUGGACUUUCCUCCUGUGCCAGACAGCGCAGACCUUUCUGGACUGGCCAUUAAGGUCCCUCAGAGCAUGGAUCAGUGGGAAGAUGAAGGGUUCCAGUCGGCUUCCAAUUUGACUCCUGAUUCCCAGUCUGAACCAAGCGUGACUCCAGAUGUGGACCUGUGGGAAGCUGCGCUAACCUACGAGGUCAGCAAGCAGAGGUGCUGGGAGCGAAUCGGAUGCCCUCCUGGCCACAGAGAGGAGCCCUACCUCACAGAAGCGGGACGGGACGCCUUUGACAGGUUCUGUAGGCUCCGCCAAGAGGAGUUGCAGGUGCUCAGCGGGGGCCUCUUACAAGCCCCGCGGCCCGUGCUGGUGACAGAGCAGGAGCUAGUGAAGGACUCACUGAAUGUCCUGCUUGGAGUGGCAUCGGCCACAUUCUCGCUCUGCCAGCCGGCUCAAGCCUUUGUGGUGGCACAGGGCGUCCAUGUGUCGGGUGCCUCCCCUGAGAGCAUCAGCAGCAUCCUGUCAGAGGUGGCCGCGUACGGGACCUGCUAUGUGCGCCUCAGCUGCUUCUCCUUGCAGCCUGCCCUGGGCUCCUGCUGCGGCAGGGGCCUGGUGUUCCAGGCCUUCACCAGUGGCCUGCGCAGGUACCUGCAGUACUACGGAGCCUGCGUCCUCGCCACCCCUCCCACCCUGAGCCUCCUCACCAUCGGCUUUCUCUUCAAGAAGCUGGGCCGGCAGCUCCGGUACCUGGCUGAGCUCUGUGGUGUUGGUGCCAUACUCCCCGGGGCUGGUGGAGGAGAGCCCAGGGCUUCGUUUCCCACCGGCGUGAGGCUGCUGUCCUACCUCUACCAGGAGGCGCUGGACAACUGCAGCAAUGAACACUACCCUGUGCUGCUGUCCCUGCUGAAGACCAGCUGUGAGCCCUACACACGGUUUAUCCAUGACUGGGUGUAUAGCGGGGUCUUCAGAGACGUUUAUGGGGAGUUCAUGAUACAGGUGAACGACGAGUACCUUGGCUGCAGAGACAAGUCUUACUGGACCCAUGGUUACGUGCUCAUUUCUAAAGAUGUGGAGGACUGUGUCCCUGUGUUCCUGAGGCAUGUGGCACAUGACGUGUAUGUCUGUGGGAAGACCAUCAAUCUGCUGAAGCUCUGCUGUCCCCAGCACUACCUCUGCUGGUCGGACAUCCCCGUCCCGCGCAUCUCGGUGAUUUUCUCCCUCGAGGAGCUGAAGGAGGUUGAGAAGGACUGCGCAGUCUAUGUCGGGCGCAUGGAGCGGGUGGCCCACCACAGCUCCAUCAGCAAGGAAGAGAAGGAAUUACGUAUGGAAAUUGCAAAACAAGAAUUAAUUGCCCAUGCCCGGGAGGCGGCUUCCAGGGUCCUUCGUGAACUCAGUGACCGGCAGACCUCAGAACAGAUGGCCUUGGACGCCCGGAAGCGAGAGCAGUUUCAGCAGUUGAAGGAACAGUUCGUGAAGGACCAGGAGCGGCGGCUGGUGGCCAGACAGGAGGAGCUGGAUGAGGACUUCAGCUACGCCCGUGAGCUCCGGGACAGGGAGAGGAGGCUGCAGGCCCUGGAGGAGGAGCUGGAGAAGAAGGCCAGCUCCCGGCCACGCUGGAACAUCCACGGCCACGUGUCUGAUGCUAGCAUCCGGGUUGGAGAGAACGUGUCAGAUGUGGCCGCUUCCCGGCCACGCUGGAACAUCCACGGCCACGUGUCCGAUGCCAGCAUCCGGGUCGGAGAGAAUGUGUCAGAUGUGGCUGCCUCCCGGCUACGCUGGAAUACCCACGGCCAUGUGUCUGAUGCCAGCAUCCGAGUUGGAGAGAAUGUGUCAGAUGUGGCCGCCUCCCGGCCACGCUGGAACCUCCAUGGCCACGUGUCUGAUGCCAGCAUCCGGGUUGGAGAGAAUGUGUCAGAUGUGGCUGUCUCUCGGCCACGCUGGAACAUCCAUGGCCAUGUGUCAGACUCCAGUAUCCAAAUUGGGGCAAGCGUAUCAGAUGUGGCUUCCUCCCAGCCUUGCUGGGAUGGCUGUACCACUCAGCCCUUGUUCCUGGAAGCUGAGUCCAACCUCCCCAGGCUGCCCUACAGCCUCCUUGGCCAGGGGUCUCAGCUGGGCAGCCCGGAAGUUGAAAGCCCUGCCCUGGAAUGUGUGCCAACACUAUCUGCAGAAGUGGAGCCGGCUACCUGCUUUCCUGGAGCAGGCAGUUGGGAGGCGGGGGGCCUCCGGGCCUCACCCUCUGCUGUAGCUGAGCCGGGUACUCUGGGAGACAGUGUCUCUGAGCAGCCAGCCCCAGAGAGGAAUGGGAACACUGUGGAUCUGUCUCCACACCAGCCUCCAGACUCACAGGGAGACACAGCCACUCCAGGGCAGCCUGGCCCUGGUGAGGAGGCUGUGGAGGCAGAGGCGGAGGCCCAGGCCCGACGCUGGGGUGAGGAGCAAGCCUACCUGGCCAGCCUAGCGAGGUUGUACCCCCUGGAGCAGUACCCGGACAGCUACGAGGCCAUGUUGGAGUCUCCCGUCACCCACCUUGUCCACCAUGUGCUGCCCCGGGCCUUCACCUUCCCCAUGGACCUCCGGGCCCAGCCGGCCGUGGAUGAGACUGCAGUACAGCUGAGCGAGCUGCUGACCCUGCCUGUGCUCAUGAAGCGCUCCCUCACAGCCCCGCUGGCUGCUCAUGUCUCCUUGGUAAAUAAGGCUGCAGUCGACUACUUCUUUGUGGAGCUGCACCUAGAGUCACACUUCGAGGCGCUGCGGCACUUCCUGCUGAUGGAGGACGGGGAGUUUGCGCAGUCCCUUAGCGACCUGCUCUUUGAGAAGCUUGCAGCCGGACAGUCACCUGGGGAGUUGCUCAGUCCACUGGCCCUCAACUGCGUCCUGAACAAGGCCCUGCAGUGCAGCCUCCAUGGAGACUCGCCUCGUGCUGCUGGCCUCUCCUUUGCCCUCAAGCACCUGCCUGAGGUCUUUGCUCCCAACACACCAGAUGUGCUGAGCUGCCUGGAGCUCAGGUACAAGGUGGACUGGCCACUCAACAUCGUCAUUACCGAAAGCUGCCUCAGCAAGUACAGCGCCAUCUUCUCCUUCUUGCUGCAGCUGAAGCUCAUGAUGUGGACACUCAAGGACAUCUGCUUCCACCUUAAGCGCACAGCCUUGGUGAGCCAUUCUGCUGGCUCAGUGCAGUUCCGCCAGUUGCAGCUGUUCAAGCAUGAGAUGCAGCACUUUGUGAAGGUCACCCAGGGCUACAUCGCCAACCAGAUCCUGCAUGUCAGCUGGUGCGAGUUCAGGGCCCGGCUGGCCACAGUGAGUGACCUGGAGGAGAUCCAGCGUGCCCAUGCUGAGUACCUGCACAAGGCUGUCUUUAGGGGUCUGUUGACGGAGAAGGCGGCACCUGUUAUGAACAUCAUCCACAGCAUCUUCAGCCUAGUGCUUAAGUUUCGCAGCCAGCUUAUCUCCCAGGCCUGGGGCCCGGCCAGCAGCCCCCAGGGGACAGAGCACCCUAACUUCGCCCUCAUGCAGCAGUCCUACAGCACCUUCAAGUACUACUCGCACUUCCUCUUCAAAGUGGUGACCAAGCUGGUGAACCGUGGCUACCAGCCCCACCUAGAGGACUUCCUGCUGCGCAUCAAUUUCAACAACUACUACCAGGACGCGUGAGCGCCGCCCAGGGGUACAGCACAGUGACCAGGGACGGGCUGUGGGAACUGCUGCUUUAUUCGGCAGGGUGGCCUGGCUCUGCCGCCCACAAGCACUUGGCAGGGCCUUUGUCCUUGUGGUCACUGGACCAGAGCAGCACAGCUGAGCGAGUGUCGGACAGAAACAGGUCAGGUCCUGACUGUACGUCCCUGCCGUCAUGGAGAGCGCAGAGGGGCUGCAGUCUCAGCAGCUCAGCAGUGCACAUGGCCUCAGGAGCCUCCCAGGUGUGGGGGCUGCUACGAGGAUCAUGUCACACACAGCUCAGCUGCCCAGAGUGGGGGCUUGCUGCUAUAGGAUGGCCGCCUGCUGGCCACCGUGGCAGCCCCCUCAGGGCCUGCAGCCUCUGGGGCCUCAGCAUGUUCCCCCUCCUGCCGGUAAGGAGACUCCAGCAGCUUCAGCACCUGCCGCACCUAGGGGAGAGCUGAGGUGAGGUGCUGGUCGGCUGCCCACCCUCUGCCUCCCUUCAGGGGCAGCGGCAGGGGCAGGGGCAGGGACAGAAUGUGCUUGCCUCUGAGAAGUCCCCAUUCUCAGCAGCCUCAAUGGCAUUCUGUGCAAUGUAGUUCCUCAGGACAUACUUGGGGUUGCUGGUGUGCAUCACAUGCAAGCGCUCUGCUUGCCAGGCAGCAGUGUCACCAGCGUCCUCCCUGUCCUUGUCCAGCCGGGCCCUGGAAUCAUCCCAGACCCCAUGAGGUGCAUGGCCCUGGCCCUGGGGUUGGUGCCCAGGACCCGGAACAACUCACCUGUAGGCCUGCAGCCAGGUGGCCCAGUGUGCGCUGUUGCGGCUCUGCAGCUCCUCAGGGGUCAGGCGCUGCAGCCGAGACUGCUGCUCCACGCGCUCCAGCUCUUUGGUGACAUUGGCCUGGGUGCCAAUAAGUGCAAAGAGCUGCGGGUUCGACUGGGCCAACAUCAGCAUCAUGGAAAGCUGGCUGCAGGGAGGGCAGUGGUGUCAGCCAGGGCUCGGCUGGUGAGGGGAGCAGGGAUGUGGUCUGCAGCCUGCAUCUCACCGAGUCCCAAGUGGUCAGCCCUGUACAGUCACUGCCCCACUAAAACCCUUUCUGUACCAUCCA